CUUUGCAUAAUAAUUGCAAAUUAGUCUGAAAGUACAGUCUCCUCUCUCGUCGCCGUACCAGAUCCACCGUCCGCCGGAAUGUCGGAUUCCCCCACCGCCGACCAGCUACCGGAGCCACCUUCACCGGCCGCUCAGCCCGCAACUUGUUAUCUGCACCCACGGCGGGAGCUCUUCGAGCACGGUUUGCUCCCUAUUUCUAAACUCAUUUUCACCGACGGCACGCAGACCUUGGCCAAUGUCAAAUCAAGUCUCCUCUCCGCCACCUCCAAUCAGCGUGUCAACUCGGAUAUUCUGGCCGGGGCGCUGCAAAUCCCAAUCGAACAUUCGCGGCUUCUGAUCGAAACCCUAUCAUGUGUUCUGCACGACGAUUCUGAUCCUCUGGUGAAGGCUAGGGGUCCGAAGGAGAUCGAUGAAAUUGGGGUUAGUGUUUUUGAUUUGCUUGUGUAUUUGUACAUACAGAGUUACAAGAGGCUGCUGCCGAAAGGGCAUAAGGAUUCUGCUGCUGUAGCUGAUGUUUGGCCCUCUACGUCCGCUUUUGAUGGCUUUUUAUCUGCGCUUUCGCCUAUUCAGCUGGUGCGCAGCAAUAGUCGUCGGUUUAUGCCAUCUCAGGCUGAUGAAGAGGCCCAUCAGCUAUCGUAUUUGCAGAAACACAUUGGAAAUAUUCUUUCCCUCUUGGCAGAUUUGGGAGAAGCAGAAGGUGAAGAAUCAAUGGUUUUAUCCAUGGAUAAAUUUGAACAUCUUGGACUUUUGAUUUACUUUGGAGAAAAGGGAUCUGAGAGAAUCCCCUUGAGUCAAAAUACACCAUUCUUUGCAAAUUCAGAUCCUGACAUGCCUGACGUCCCAGUUCCUGCAUCACAAGUUCUCGAUUGGCUUCUGCAAAAUAUAUCAGCUACCCAGGAACAUAUUGCUGAUAGAGUUUCUUCGAAAGAAAAUGGACCAAGUAGUUCUUCCGAUCAGGAUGUCGCAAUGGCUGAUGUUGCAACAAGUGCGACAAGACCAGCAGGCAGCCCUAGACCAAGUUUCAUUGAAGGGAUCUCUAAAUCAUCUUUUGUGAAACAAGAAUCUGAUCUUAAGGGCACAUCUAUCAAGGUUGUGAAUUGCCAUGAAUCAGUAAUAUACAUAUUGGCACCAUUGAAAUAUGCCACUGUCUAUGGAUGUUCUGAUGCGACUAUCGUACUUGGGGCUGUCGGCAAGGCUGUUAGAGUUGAACACUGUGAACGUGUUCACCUGAUCACUGCAACUAAACGCAUAUGCAUUGCAAACUGCCGUGAGUGUCUCUUCUUCUUGGGCGCUAACCAACAACCCCUCAUUAUUGGUGAUAAUCACAAAUUGCAGGUUGCUCCUUUCAAUACAUUCUACUCACAAUUGGAGGAACACAUGAAUAAAGUUGGGAUCGAUCCCAACAUUAACAGAUGGGAUGAGCCUGUGACCCUUGGUGUCGUUGACCCACAUGAUUCAUUAUCACAUCCUGCGGGCGUUUCAGAUGUUCAAGCAGAAUCUGCCACGCAGCUAGAUCCUGAUCAUUUUACUAAUUUUUUGAUUCCAAACUGGUUGGAGAGUGAACAAGCCGGUCCUACAAAAGUUAAUCCCUUCCCUCUCCCUGAUGCAUACCUUGCUGCACAACAGAAACAUGACAAAAACUUGUGUGAAGUUAAGCAAAUCUUGAGGGAAACGCAACUUGAAGAAAACAGGAAACGGGAAUUAUCUAGUGCUUUGCAUUCCUGUUUUAAAGACUGGUUGUAUGCAUCUGGAAACAUCCGGCAAUUGUUCUUCCUACAAGGAGAAUAAAAUGUGCUUUGCCAUUGGAGCUUGAAAGAAUCGAAAAUGUUGUUUAUCUUUUCCAUCCAUUUUCCCCAUCAGUUUGCACUCAGCUGUUUAGUUGAUGCUGGAGGCUGCGGACACCCGGUGUUGCCAGAUUAUCUUACAUAAAUUUGGUAAGAAGAUUUAAAUAUGUAAUUUGCAUUAAAUUGAACAAAGUGAUAUGUUGUAUUCCAGUUUGUUAGAGUAUUAUACUGCUGUGUAGUUCCAGGAUUAUGAUUUGUGUCUUGAGUUUGAAUUCCAGAUUUCUAAAUAAAUUUGUGUUACAUAAGAUUGGAUUGCUUUCAUUUUGUGGUAAGAACUGCCCAUGCUUGGUGGUGUUAUUU